GGUAAAAUGUGACUUAUUUUAGUUUGUUUUGAAUUUUGUUUUCCGCGUUUCGGUAAAAAUAUAAUUAUAGACAAGAAUCUUUUAAAGAAGUGUGUUUUUAAAAUGUUGAUUCUUGUUACAAAUAAUGUGAAUCUCUAGACUUUUCAAAGAGGUUUUCUUUCCUUCCUUCAAUCUGCUACAUUCUUUGACGCGGUUAACACAACACUCUAAAAAGAUAUUUGGAUGCUGUUUUUUCUAUGGGGCAAAAGCAAAGCAUUUUACCUGAAGAGAAAAUAAGAGAGUAUGAGAUUUUGACAUACCUUACAGAAAGGGAAAUAAUCAAAGCUUAUGAAAAGUUUUGCAGCAUGAACCCUGAUGUGAAUCCAGAGUCUUUAAACCCAGCAAUAUCUCUUGAGAGACUUGAUGAUUUACCUGAAUUAAAAGUAAAUCCUUUUAAAGAUCGAAUGAUCUGGGUAUUCACAGAUCCAGUGUCUAGAUGCAUGACAUUUGAAGAUUAUUUAGAUAUGAUGUCUGUUUUCAGUGAAAGAGCUCCUUUAUCAUUGAAAGCGGAAUACGCAUUUAAGAUAUAUGAUUUUGAUGAUGAUGAUCUGUUAUCAAGGAGUGAUCUCAAAGAAAUAUUAAAUCGUUUAAAAGUCAUAGAAAAUCAUUUACUGGAACCUCAAGACUGGGAAGAAAUUCUAGAUUAUGUAAUGGAAGAUGGAGACAUUGACGAAGAUGGAUUCAUUGCUUUUACUGAGUUCUGUCACAUAAUGCAAAGAGUCGCUGACUUUGCAAGUACCUUUGUUAUCCGAUUAUGAGAUAUGUUGAAGAGCAGAUGAGAAAGAGCCUGUGUGCCUUAUUUUUUGCUUAUUCAUUAUUAAAUGAUAUAGCUAGUAGUUGUGAAGAUACUCGAUUGGAAGGGGAGAAAUAGUAUAAAUGCAAUUUUAUAAAGGAACUCAAUUACAUAACUUAACUGAUGAGUGGUAUUUGAAAGUUAAGUGUAUUAUGUCUUACUUUUUAUAGUGUCCUUUAUCAUUUUUUAAAACUCUUGUGUUAAACUCUGUUAAUUUUUUUAAGCUUCAGUAAAAUUUGUCAUAUUUUAUUUCUAUAAAAUAUGUUUUAUAAGUAUUGAAGGCAUUCUAAUUUUUAUGCCCUAGAGCUUCACUGAGAUGAAAAAUCAAUUUUUAGAAAUUUAUUUCAUCUUGCGAAUUUCUGCAUAUAUUUUUCUGAUACAAAUUUCUUUAUAAAAUAUUAUUCUAUUAUUUCUUUACAGUGUAUGCCUUCCUCUUGUUUGCUCUUAUAUUGAUUGCUACAAAGUAUUUUUAUAUUCAUAAAUAGUAUAAUAUAUGUAUGUUAGUAGAAUUCAUUGCUAAGAGCUAAACUUUUCAUGUGAUGACAGGACUAAUUCAGGUAUAUAUAUAAUGAAAUGCCCAAGAAAAUUUGUAUAUAAUAAAUACACUUAAUUACAUUUAAUACUUGAUUGUAGCAUCUAUUUAUUAAUUAGAUGGUAUUUUGAUAUGAUGAUUAUCUUUAGAUUAUACUUAUUUAUUGAAAAAUGUUUUCAGCUGAAUAAUGGUUGUGCUAAAAUACUUUUGACAAUCAUUUUACUGUUUAAUUGUUGCAUAUGUAUUAACUUUGUAAACAGUUUUUUUUUAAUAUUACAUUCGCUUACAGAAUAUUUUUGAUAUUUAUUGCUCGAAGGAAAUUACCUUUUUAGUGUUAUCCAGAAAUCUUUUGACAAUCGUAUUGCUGUCACAUGACGCUAUUUCCCUCUCUUCUUUCUAGUAAUAUCAUUACACAGUAUUGUGAGUGGUUGUAAAGCAUGUGGACUAAUCUACCAUGCUCCAUAAUGUUGUGAAUAUUUGUUGCUUUUACAAAUCAGGGGUUUUAACUGUUUUGUUUAUAGUUUUUAACUAGUAUUUAUUUGUGAGAUCUUUUAAGGAUUAAAUGUUUACAUUAUAUUUAUAUGUUUAUUUAUUAUUAUUUGCUUUUAAACUCUAUAUUUAUUGAAAUAUAUCUUCCUAUUUUCUUGUAUCGAUAAAAUUUGAGAGAAUUUUACUUGUAGCACAUUAAAUCUUAUCUUCAUUUAUUUUUAUAAAUUUAAACAUGUAGUUUGUCUGUUAAGGGAUGUACAAGAUAUUCGAUUUCUUAAAUUUAGUAUGUAAAAAUGUGUACUUCAAACAUCUAUAAACUUUUUGCUUUUAAUAUUUGCCAUAGAUAAAUUUAUGUUUCUUUAUUUUAAUUUCAUUUUUCACCAAUUCAAAGUUUUUUUCUUAAAAAUC